AACAUCAGAAAUUUAUUUUCUCAUAGUUCUGGAGGCUGGAAAUAAAAAUCUGGUAAGUUUGGUUUCUUCUGAGGGCUCUCUCCUUGGCUUGCAGAAGGCUGCCUUCUUGCUGUAUCUUCACAUGGCCUCGCCUCUGUGUGCACCCAUCUCUGCUUUCUCUCUGUGUGUCCUAAUCUCCUCUUCUUAUAAGGACAUCAGUCAUACUGGAUUAGGGGCUCACCCCAAUGACCUCAUUUUAACUUAAUCACCUCUUUAAAGAAUCCAUCUCCAAAUACAGUCACCUUUUGAGGUGGUUCGAUAUAUGAAUUCUGGGGGAAGGAUGCAAUUCAGCUCACAAUUGCAUUUCUCUUUCAACUUGAAAUCUGACAGGUAAUUUAGCAGAGAGGUAACUUAGCACUGUCUCCAGGGGAUGUAAAGGAAGAAAAGUGAAUGAUUUCAAAUUACUAAGAGACAAAUCCUACAUGGCUAGGGAGCAAGGAACUUACCCGUUGACAGCUGAUCCUUUUGUUUUUUCUGGGAGCUUGUCCUGUAAAGUGGUGGGAAACUUAGUUUUCAUUAUUUUAUUCAAUAACUAUGUAUUGAAUGUCUAGAUCAGCCUCUAGGGAUACCAAAUCUAGGAAGAACUGCCUUUGAGAGUAGUUUCUCUAAAGAGGGGUUGGACAUAGAGCACCAUGGUAAGGCAAAAGCAUUUUAGGGAUUUCAUGGAUGUGAAGCUGGUAGGAUAGGUUGAAGUAUUUUGCUUAGCUAGUACUAAGAAUCACUCACUCAAAGGUACAAAGUAAGAAAAUCGUUCCUUUCUCCUUCAUUAUCUCUGCAUAGGGUGGCAGCUUCCUAUGUUCCCACAAGCAAAUCUUUACAUUUAGCCAGUGGAGGUGAGGCUGAGCUGACUAACUGGCUCGCUCCUGUUUGGUCCUCAUGAUUCCCCUUCUGUUUGGAGUUCUCUUUUUUAGCUAGCUGCUGCCACAACAGAGCUGAUUCUUGGCAAGGGACAUAACUUCUCGUUGGAAAUUCUCAUCCCAGGAGGAAUGUACACCCUUUCCUUGGUUCUUCUGAGGGUAUAUAAGAUGACUCAAAUUUUCAAAAUGAUUUAUACUAAGUACUAAAGAAGAACAUGAUGAAACAUAGAUUUUAUCUAACUUGUUAACAGGGCUCAUAGUCUUUGUCUCAUCUCUUGUCCAGUCUGAGAAUCCCGUUUUCAUUCUUAGGAUUUUUCCUCCCUUUCCAUGUGAGGAGUUUCAGCCACACAGACUUACAGGGAGGAAGAGCAGGUGGUAGGUAAGUUGGUUGGUUGACUCCUUCUCUUAAAACCACAGUGUAAGUUUUAACCCUUCUUCAGAUGAAACAUGGAAAAUAACCUGUGUAGUGCAGAAUCUCAUAUCUUUCCUUGCUACAGUCUGAGUCAAAAAUAUUUCCUUGCACUCCUUCUCCUUCCUUCACAUAUCCUCAACUUUAAUAUACUACCAUUAAGCAGUAUUUUCUUUUUUUUUUUCUUAGCAGUUCCUUGGAAGAAAUGAGUAGUAUUUUCUAGUUCAAGACUGUGCUCAGUGUUCAUUUAAAACCAAAUUCAUCUAGAUGCAGAAAAGAAGGCCAGUAUGUAUCUACAGAUAUAGUAGAAGAGACCCAUGUUCUUGGUAAGUGAGGUAACUGGUUCAAUUCAGGUUAUGGCUCUGUCACUAGUUAUCACUUGUAUUUAUUGGGAGCCUAAGUACAUAGAUGUGCAUCAGAUUCGACUUGAGAAAUCACCAGAACCCCACCUCUCAAGUUCCAUAGAAGUAGCUGGGAAUAGGCUUUACCAUUAAACAAGACUUUACUGAUGGCUUGGGGAUGAAGCAUGAGGGAAAUUACAACAUAAAGAUCCUCAAGUUGCUUUCAGAGUCCAUGAGCUUCAUGAGCUCCAGCCUUUCCACAAGGCCAGCUUAUGGGUGCCUCUCUUCCUAGCGCACAGAUGACCACAGUGUAACAGGGACCAGCUUAUUUCUCCUCAGUAGCAGGACUCUUGAGUGCCCCCUCACUGGGGAUCCUCAGCAGAUACUCUUUUCACCUUAUAAUAGGCCAAGGUUCACCUCCUUAUCUCCCGCCUCAGGAUCUGACCUCUUUUUAGUUUAAAUAUACUACUGUAACAGUAGUAUAAUUCACUUCCUUCAGGGAAUAUUUUACCUUUGCCAUAUGGUUGUGGUUUUACCCCAUCUCAAACCAUCUUAAUGACAUCAUAAUACUAUUAUCUGACAGCAGUGCAUCUCUCCAAAUCUGUAUUAUUCAGUUUUAAAAAAUAAGCAAUGAAUAACAUUCUUUGGAGAGCAAUCAGGAACUGUUUUUCAUUUCUUCUGCAGUACUCCACUCCAUUAUCCCUGCAAACAAUUGCUCAAAGGUCAGUACAACUGUUGGAAAAUACAAAUCAGAAGUGAACAGUGUAAACUUACAUUAUUUCACUCUCAAACAGAAGUUUCAGAGACUUAUAACUGAAAAAGAUCACUCUACUUAUGGUUGUAAAAGAACGUAUCUUCUCACCCUGAAACACCAGAAUUUACUCCAGGUCCUUUAGGAGUAUCUGGUGUUAAAGCAAACUAAAUAUGGCCUGAGAAGGACUCCAUACUUCUAUAUUUGGAUCCUUGUGGAUGAACUGUAACCUAGCUUAUCAGACAAGACUGAAAACCUAACUUAGGAGUAUGCUCUCUUACAAUAACCAAGUCUUGGCCAAUUGCAGCCGCCACACUUCAAUCACUCAUAGACAGCUAAGUGUUCAAAUAAGGCCAACGCCAACCUGUAACCAAUCCAGCUGUUUCUGUACUUCACUGCCGAUUUCUGUACGUCAUUUCCCUUUUUUUGGUCUAUAAAUCUUCCACCACGUGACUCUGCUGGAGUCUCUGAAUCUGCUGUGAUUCUGGGGGCUGCCCAAUUCGUGAAAUCGUUCAUUGCUCAAUUAAACUCCUUUAAAUUUAAUUCAGCUUAAGUUUUUCUUUUAUAACUGGUAAACAACUGGAGACCAGGUAGGGUCUAAAUGCUUCAUUCAUCGGCUUAGUCCCCACCUUAGAAGUGACAAACAUUCUCCGUUUGGCCAAACUUCAGGCUCCUGGGCCUUCUCCUAAGACCAUCUGUGCAUCUUCUUGUAAAACUCAGUUUCAGCAAAGAACCUUGUUAAGUCAGUGUAGUGAGAAUCCCUCACCCUUGAUCGGGUUCCUCAUCCUCCACCACCCCCAGGUGAUGUCUGUUAUCCUGGCCUAUCUUCGUCUAGAAUCCCGUUGUGUUGGUUUAGCCAGAAUCUCCCUUGCCCCUGAUAUUUCCUCUUAGUAAUUUUCCAUCCACUGACCAACUUCCACCCCUUGGCUAUAAAUUCCCACUUACUCAUACUGUAUUUCUAUUUGAACAGGUAAGGGAGAAGGGAGGAGUAUGUAGGACACACUUAAAUGCCUUAUCCUCUAAAAAUCACUCAGGAAUCUUUAGCCUCGAUUUCCCAGCUUUCGUCCUUUACACAAUUACAGAUUUGUCCUUGCUCAUAAACGCUGUAGGUCUUCCCUGCUGAAUUGGAAACUCCUUGCUCACAAAAUGAUUCACCCCCAUUCCUAGAACAGGACUUGGCAAAGCGUAGGCUCCCAACAAUGAAUGAAUGGAUUUGUAGAAGAAAAGGUUUUUUCUUUUUCAGCUGUUACUACAAUGGUCAACAAUAACGACAAAAACCACUUAAAGUUGGACAGCCGUCUACUGCAACCAGCUCUCAAAAAGUCUAGAACAGCGCACUACGCCCCGCCCAUUGGCGAGAAACGGAAAUACACGCUUUCGAGAAAACCGGAAGUGCCUGGUCACGCCCCGCGCAUGCGUGCAUCGGGGCCGCUCACGCUUCCUAAACCCCGUCAUCCAGUGAGAAAGCAGGGACUCUUCGGCCGAGGCAGCCGGGACCCAGCCAGCCCUGCGCCUGGCGCCGUCGCGCAUGCGUCCUGGGUAUGUCCACUCGCAGUAAGGAGGGGCGAAAGGACAUUUUUUUUUUUUUUUUUUGCUCCCGCCUCUGUUCUUCCCCCACCUGCCACGUACAGAGCCCGAGUUCUCGCUAGGCUUGUUGGGUCAGCGCGAUUGGCCGGGGCCCACGCGAGCCUGCGAGCGAGUCUUUCUCUAGAGUUGUAUAUAUAGAACAUCCUGGAGUCCACCAUGAAUGGACAGUUGGAUCUAAGUGGGAAGCUAAUCAUCAAAGCUCAACUUGGGGAGGAUAUUCGGCGAAUUCCUAUUCAUAAUGAAGAUAUUACUUAUGAUGAAUUAGUGCUAAUGAUGCAACGAGUUUUCAGAGGAAAACUUCUGAGUAAUGAUGAAGUAACAAUAAAGUAUAAAGAUGAAGAUGGAGAUCUUAUAACAAUUUUUGAUAGUUCUGACCUUUCCUUUGCAAUUCAGUGUAGUAGGAUACUGAAACUGACAUUAUUUGUUAAUGGCCAACCAAGACCCCUUGAAUCAAGUCAGGUGAAAUAUCUCCGUCGAGAACUGAUAGAACUUCGAAAUAAAGUGAAUCGUUUAUUGGAUAGCUUGGAACCACCUGGAGAACCAGGACCUUCCACCAGUAUUCCUGAAAAUGAUACUGUGGAUGGUAGGGAAGAAAAGUCUGCAUCUGAUUCUUCUGGAAAACAGUCUACUCAGGUUAUGGCAGCAAGUAUGUCUGCUUUUGAUCCUUUAAAAAACCAAGAUGAAAUCAAUAAAAAUGUUAUGUCAGCGUUUGGCUUAACAGAUGAUCAGGUUUCAGGGCCACCCAGUGCUCCUGCAGAAGAUCGUUCAGGAACACCCGACAGCAUUGCUUCCUCCUCCUCAGCAGCUCACCCACCAGGCGUUCAGCCACAGCAGCCACCAUAUACAGGAGCUCAGACCCAAGCAGGUCAGAUUGAAGGUCAGAUGUACCAACAGUACCAGCAACAGGCCGGCUAUGGUGCGCAGCAGCCGCAGGCUCCACCUCAGCAGCCUCAACAGUAUGGUAUUCAGUAUUCAGCAAGCUAUAGUCAGCAGACUGGACCCCAACAACCUCAGCAGUUCCAGGGAUAUGGCCAGCAACCAACUUCCCAGGCACCAGCUCCUGCCUUUUCUGGUCAGCCUCAACAACUGCCUGCUCAGCCGCCACAGCAGUACCAGGCGAGCAGUUAUCCUGCACAAACUUACACUGCCCAAACUUCUCAGCCUACUAAUUAUACUGUGGCUCCUGCCUCUCAACCUGGAAUGGCUCCAAGCCAACCUGGGGCCUAUCAACCAAGACCGGGUUUUACUUCACUUCCUGGAAGUACCAUGACCCCUCCUCCAAGUGGGCCUAAUCCUUAUGCGCGUAACCGUCCUCCCUUUGGUCAGGGCUAUACUCAACCUGGACCUGGUUAUCGAUAAGGAGGCUCCUCUACACCAAUUAAUGUAGCUGCUAGCUAUUGGCCUCCCAAAAGACUCCAGUACUAUUUUAAUUUGUAUUGAAGUUCAGAAAUUUAAAAAGCAGAGCAUUUUUUAUGAUAUCAUCAUUGUUGCUGUUAAUUGAAAGUAUAAUUUGCUGGAACACAAAGACCAAAAUGAAAGUUUUUUCCUCCCUGCUUAAAAAUGUAGCAGCUUCUUAGUUACUUUGGAACACUACUCUUACAUGUAUAAAGUGAUUGACUUUCUAGCUUCCCUUGUCCGGAGGAUAUUAAAAUGCUAGGGUGAGGUUUAGCCAUCUUACUUGCCUUUUUACUAUUAACAUGAUGUACUAAAGUAGAGCCCUUUGAGAAUACAAGAUAUUAUGUAUAAAAUGUAACACUGAUAGGUUAAUAAAGAUGAUUGAAUCCA